GAUCAGAUUUGUUGAGAUAUUUGGUGAGCAGUAGAUUUGAAAUCAGAUGUAAAGUCUAAAGCAGUGGAUAUGAUUUUGGUUUAUUUAUAAGGUACUGAGCUGGGCAUUAGUAAGUUACCUGGCUGUAGCUGUUAUUGCGAUUGCUGUAAAUUAGUGUAAGGGGUGGGGCUUGAAUUGAACUACUUUUGGAGUGACUUGUCCUUGCAGAGCCUGCGGGAACGUCACACAGUCAUGUACUGUAAUACAACAAGUGAAACAGCAGGGGGAAAAGAGUGCCAGGAACAGCAAUCUAACUUCUAACCUUUACACAAGCAGACAAAACACAGCAGGAAUUUACCAAACAGUGGGGGGGAGAAAAUGUUACGAUAUUAAACAAGUUACAAGACGUUUGAUGGAGAUUUUUUAACAAGAAGUACUGAAGAUAGCGUAACUGAGGAAACAGGUCGAUGUUUUAAUACAGUAAAUGGAUUAUACUCGUAGAGACCCCUUUGUCUAUUGCUGAAGCGGCGUUGCUUGGUAUUGGAUUCAGAUGCUUGUGCACGCCUGUGUUGUACCUGGUAAAAGAUGCUUGCAGAGUUUUCAUAGAAACAAAACAAUGGGGAGAUGAAGAUGGAUGAGAGUGUGGAAUUACUUGUGUUCAGGGUCUUCAGGAUUACAGAUAUGUGUCUAGCUGACUAACCAUGCAAACCAAAUUUAAACAGCACUUUUGCAUUUAGAAGAAGGGAGAAAAAAGUUGAGGAACAAUGAUGAAGAGUUCCAGUUAACAAAGUCUUAAGUGCUGCUCUCUUGUUCUCUGUUGGAUUUAAUAUAGCACUGCAGUUAACCAACGGUUCUGUUGCCAUGGAUCACAGUGAUAACACAGAAAUGAUGGAAUACCAAGAUGACUCCACAGACGAAAGCAAGAUGAACAGAAAUGAUCCUGAAGUAGACAAGUCCCUCUUCCAUGCCUGCAAUAUUUGCGGCAAAAGUUUCCCCUUUCAGAGUUCUUUGUCACAGCACAUGAGAAAACACACAGGAGUCAAGCCUUACAAAUGCCCUUACUGUGACCACAGAGCUUCACAAAAGGGGAACCUUAAAAUCCACAUCCGUUCCCACAAGAUGGGGACUCUGAGCCAUGGCCACAAGGAGGAGGAGGACCUAGGAGAGGGCCAGCUGGAGGCUGGAGUCUCUGAUGGCCUAGACAGCUGUACUAGCCCCACCAAAAGCACGUCAGCUUGCAAUAAGAUAAUGAACGGGGUGGCCAAGGAAGAAAACAGCAAGAUCCUGCUUAGGAGCAUCAAAAAAGAUAAAACGGGGAGCAGUGAUGGUGGGAAGUCUCCCACACUUCAGUGUUCAUUCUGCAAGAGGAAGCUUAACAACAAGGAGGACCUGAAGCAGCACAUCCAGGUCUUGCAUAAGCCUUAUCGAUGCCGGCUGUGCAGCUUUGUGGCACUGAGGGAAGACCAGCUCUUGAGCCACAUUGAGAAGGUCCACAUCACAGUGGAGGCGCCCGUGCAGGAUGUGGUUGACGUUGAAGCUGUGAAAAGUGAGCAAUGCGCUGGAGAAGGAGACUUUCCCUGUGAUGUUUGUGGCCAGGUAUUCACCCAGGCUUGGUUCUUGAAGGCACACAUGAAGAAGCAUGGUAGCACUUUUGACCAUGUCUGCCACAUCUGCGGUCGCCGUUUCAGGGAGCCCUGGUUUCUUAAGAACCACAUGAAGUCCCAUAGCACAAAGACUGGGGGCAAAAGCAAGCCGAAGAUGGAUUCGGACCCCUUGGCUACAAUUAAUGACGUGGUUCAAGAGGAGGCAGCAGUGAUGAGCGGGCUAUGCCUCUAUGAACUAUGCUCCAAGUGUGGAAACAUCUUCCACAACAGGGAGAGCCUUAGGGAACAUGAUAAGGUUCAUACCCGAGCCAGCAAAACCUGCAUGGAAGAUGGAGCAGCUGUUGAUUGCACAGCAGCGAAAAAGCACAUUUUCAUUGAGUGCCUGAAUCUUAGACCAGUCGGUACCCUAGAAAACAUCACUGAUGGUAAGCUUGGAAAGAGAAUAGCAGAGCUUGAUCCUGUAAGCAGCUACCAAGCCUGGCAGCUUGCCACCAAGGGCAAAGUGGCUGAGGUUUCAGAGUAUGCAAAGUACAUUGGAUGGGAUGAAACUCUUGCCGACGCAGAUGUGGCGUAUGACAGAGAGAAAGAGGAAUACAUACUUUUAGGCCAAGAGAAAAGGAAACGAGAGCAGGACUCUCACAGCACAGGCAAUGGCAAGCGACGAAACAGCACCAAUAUCAUUAGCAGCAGCAGCAGUGGCAGCAACCACUACCAGCGAGCUGAAAAGUACAACAACCUUUCCCCAGGAGACCUGAGCCCAGAGAGCCACAGCGAUUCUGACUACAGGCCCUCAUCUCGCCAGAGCCGGAGGUCUUCCCAAAACAAGAACAAGGAGUGCUUUGAGUGUGGCAAGGUGUUCCGCACCUACCACCAAAUGGUGCUGCACUCCCGGGUGCACCGCAGGGAGACACGGGGUAGCAGUGAAAGCUGCAGGGUCUCCAGGGAGGACCGGUGUGGCUUGACCAGUGAAGGGGAGUCAGGCUCUUCCAGCCGACCCAGCACCCCGGGGUCAGCCUCUGUAGCUGAGAAUUCACCCACCUCUGCCAUGGUAGAAAAUGUGGCAGAGGAUAGGUCAGAGGAAGGCUUGCCAUUAACUCCAGAUGAAAAACCAUAUAUGUGCAGCAACUGUGAUCAUGCAACUACCAGUUCCUCCUUGUUGAUGUCACACAUGAAAGACCAUCACACAGGAGACCAGGAUGCUGCCUGUAAAUCCAGAGGUGCCAACCAUAAAAAGGAUAUGUUCUUGGCUGAAUCUCAAACACAUAAUGGUGACUCCUUACCGAGGAAUAAUGUCAAGGAAAACAUAGUAAAGAGUGGAGAAUACCGUUACCUGGAACUACAAACAUCUAUAAUGCAACAGAACUUAAAACUUACAGACUCUUUUAAAUGCCUUCAAAAAACAAUAUCUCCCAGUGUGGAACAGGCCAUAUCCAGCAGCGUUGUCAACCUAAGUAUAUCAGCAGAAGCACACACAAAAGGUAUGUUGUCAGAAAGCAAGAAAGAAACGGUAUUACAAGAAAAUAAUGCACAGGACAAAUUGCCAAUUGACACCAUCCCCUUAGAUCUCACAUCUAAGUCCAACAAAAGUGACUUUGUGCUGAAGGAUUUACCUACCUCACCCAUACAGAAUGCUUUGAUAAGGCACCAGUGUCCGUACUGUUCUCACACAACCCAUUACCCUGAGGUUCUGUGGAUGCACGAAAUAAUUGCACAUAAGGUUAGCUGCAAUGCUGCUGCGCCCAAGUGGGUUCAGAGAAACAGAUUUAAAGGACUGAAAGAAGAUUUUGGUUUCUCAAGCCGAAGGAGCAGCACAGGGCCUCCCUUAGUAUUGGAUGGCAAAGACUGCCAGCCUCUUCCAGUUACCGGAAGCGCCCGCACCCAGGCACCACCACAGAGCAGCUUGCAAGCACUGAAGUCAAAUGCCACAACUUACAGCUCCAGUGUGCCCAGUACUUCCCAAGCAAGGGACACAGCAGCUAGAGCAGCUCCCACAGGCUCAGGCCUACAUAACACAAAGCAACCCAAACUUAACUACCACAAGAGGCAACAUGGAGUACUAACAGAGCAGUCGCACGGGAGGCCCAAAUUAGAAAUGUAUCCUAAAGUAGCACCUGUCGGAACCAUUGAACAAAACGUUAUGGCUUCGCAGCGGCCACUUGCGACAUUCGGAGACAGACAGAAGUGCUUAUUUCCUCGGGAAGGUUUAGGGCUUGCACUUUCUGCCAAGCACGGCCUCUCUGAGCACAAGGUCAAAGCGAACUCCUCUGAACCCCCUUCCUAUCACUCGCCAGUGAAAAGCAGGCAAGAAGCUCCCCAAGCGUGCUCUCGGAGGGAAUCUAUCAAUGAUCCUCGCUCAGUAGGAAGGAACAGCAUAGGAGGGAGGGUGAACAGCAGCUCACACAACUCUGGUUCCACAGGGUGGCCCCCUUCACUACAAGUACACUUCAAACAGGAGCCUCUGCCCGAGGGACCCAAGACACACUUCGAUAUCUUAAGCUUCUUAAAGACCUGCAACACACAGGACUUAACCACCCUCUAUCACCGCUGGGGCUCCAACAACACCAUGAUAGAUCAGACAGGGAUGCUGAGGUCACAAGUACGACAAGCAGACUAUGUCUGCAAAGAAUGCGGGAAAAGCUUCAGUCAGUCCAGCCACCUCUGGACCCACAUGAGAUCCCACACAGUGGUUUUUGAGUCUAAUGGACUCCGAGGUACUGAAGUGCACACCACCUCUGCAGAUGCCCCAAAACAAGGGAGAGACCAUUCCAGUGCAGAUAUUGCCCUUACCGUGCCUCUCAGAAGGGGAACCUAAAAACCCAUGUGCAGUGUGUGCUUCACGUACCUUUUGACAACACAGUACCCAGACAACAGAGUUAUACAGCCCGGAAUUGUUGAUUUUAACCAACCUUUGGACAAACAGAUGGAAAAUGUCCUAAAAGAUCAUGAACUGUCAGAAACAACUAUCCUGGACCAAGAAGUUUAUUUUAAACAAAACAAAGGGGGGAAAAAAGCAAUAUAUCUACACUGGUGUCCAUCACCUGAACUUAACAAGAUAUUGAAAAGGACUUAUUGAUGUAACCCAUUUUCCUUUUAUUAGAUUGAAGAUUUGAUAUGAGAUUUGGUUUGAUAAUCUGUGUACAUCAUAUUCGGUAUAUAUGUGUGUGUGUGUGUGUGUGUGCAGUAUAAAUAUAAUGACACUGUGAAAUGGUGCACAGUAGUUUUCUGAUUUUCUGUUGUGUUUUGCUAGAUGCAAAGCAGCCACGUUUCAGCUUUUAUUUAUAGCUUAUAAAUUCCAUACAGAAGUGCAUGUUACAAAUUCUACUACUUGUUCUAAAAAGGCAACUAUUUACAGACUGCUGUGGAUUGCAAGUUUACAUGAAUAACUGUGAAGCCACUGCUUACUUUGAAUCUAAACAAACUUUAAAACCAUUGGCUUGAGGAACCCUAUCAACUCCUGCAGUGUUUAAGCAGCACACUUCUUAGACUUUUAACUCUUAAAAGCUGCCUCAAAAAUGGACUUUUAAAACACUGAAUCAAAAUCCAAGAUGUUGGAUAUAGUGUUUUAGAAUGUCUGUAGAACACUAACAGAAGGCCAUUUCUGUUCUGUCCUCAGGACUUGCAUAUUACAUGGCUAGAUUCCAAAGCCUCCAUUCACAAAGAUUGUGUAGCGGUAACGCUUUAACCAGUAAAGGAUCAUUACCGAAAUGUUCUAUAACAUGAAGAGGGUGUUCAGCAUGACGGGAACCACAGUAGAAUCGCUGUUUGUGAGGAGCAGGUUCAAAAGCCUAGCAGUGGGCAGAUACAAAGAAAAUGUUCAGGGUGGCCUCAGCUGACUGCUGACAUCAUUAAAGCGUGUUGACUUUGUAACUAAAGGUCAACCAUUUCCUCCCCCCUUUUCUUGACAUUAACUGGGUUUUUUAAUAAAACAAAUCAUAUACCUCCUCUGCAAUAAAAGCUUUAUGAAUGCAUGGCCCAUUGGGACAUGAAGCCAUUCUAUAUAUGCAAUUAUGAAGUUAGUUUUAGUGUAUUUAUUUUCUUCUGUUACUGUGAUACUAUACUGAGUGUAACAAAUCUUUUCAGUUUCAAAAUUUUGCACAUACGACGAAGAGUUUAUUUCUUAGUGAACGUUAACGCUGCCUUGAGAGAGAGUGUGUGCGAAACUGAAGAUUUUUGUAAGUCUUGCUAGAAGUUUUGUUUUCUUACUCUUGUAACAUUUUGUCAAGACAGGAGCAAAACUAGAAAUUCCUAGCAUGCAAAUAUAUAUAAAUAUAUUUUUUGUUCAGUAGCUUUUUCAUGUACAGUAAUAAUGUAAACUUUCUGUACUGAGGAGAGUUAAAAAAAUGGUGGUAAUUGGCUUAUAACACAAAGAUUUAUAUGACAUAACAAGUACUUUUAAUGUGAUUUUGCUAUUGUACUAAUGCUGAUUAAAAAUCAUUUAGGUUUCCUCUAGUUUCUCUACUUGAAAUUUUCUUACUAGAUGAUAACAGCUAUGGAGAUGGUAAUGUGAUCUGACCUGUUACUUUUUAAUGAAACCCUUUAUUGCAUCUGUUAUAAAAAUGAAAUCAUUGGUCAACAAGGUGCAUUAGGAUAUAUUUUUUUGUGCUUUUUUGGGACAGACAGGUCUGCAUUUUUUUUUUUUUUUAAAUGAAAAAUGCCUAACCACAUUCCAGAUUGCAUUUUUAUUGCUACACAGUUUAAAUUGUAAUGUAGGGGUUAUGAUUCAACUUUUAUUCCAUGAUUUUUGUAUUUUAAUUGUUAUUAUUUUUAGUCAGUUAAAACAUUUCAAAUGCUGGUAGAGCAAUAAAAAAAAACAAACAAACAAAAAAAAAAAAAACAAGUGGUAUAUAUCAAGUGGUCUAGGUGUGCUAUGGGUUAAUCUUUUAUUUUAGUCUACUUGCAGAACCAGCUGUUCACCACUGUCCUUCUUUGCUGAGUCACAAAAAAAAAACUUAUUGGCAAAUACAUGAUAGCAGCAGAAAUCCAGAAUUAACUUUAAACUUUUCAGAGACCCUAACACAAGAAAUGGCUCUUCAAAACUAUUUCUGCUUAGUACAGUACAUCCAAGAGCCAGGUACAGGGUUCACACAAAGCUGAUCAUUUUUAGUACCAGUGUAAUCCAGAACAUUGCUAAUUCUGAAGCAAUUGGGCAGUCUGUGUAGCAAUCAAUAAAAGAUGACUCUAUAGUGCUGGUCAUAAAGUUUUUAUAGCUUUCAGGAAUCAAGCCACUUGUGAAUGCCAUUGGUAUGUAUUUUAAUACAGAACAUCACAAAAAACUACUAUUUCUUUGCCUACUUGAUUGAUGAAACAAUAGUGGGGACAAAAUAAAAAGAUAACAUGCUAAUAACAGAAUGGGAGACACCCCCUCACUCCCUCUCUUUUUUUACUUUUAAGUUCCUGGUGUUUCUUUAUCAGUGGUAUUGUAUUUAUUUUGUGUUAUUUUGUUAGUUAAGUUCAAUAGGAAAUAGUAUUUAAUGUUUUUUUUGUUAUAGUAUUUAUUUUCAGUCUGUAUUGAUCAACUUUUAAAAUAAACUUGUUAUUUAGGAACCAUUCACCAACUCUUACCAAUGAGAAAUUCUCUACCUCUGCAGAUCUGAUGUUUCUCACUUAACAGUUUUGUACAUUUGUUCAAAUUAUAAUUGUCAGUCCUACAUUAAACAGUUUAAUAAUCCACUUGUAUUUUACUGAGCACAAUUGAUAUGAUUUAAUUGUUUUGGCUUAACAAAUGCUUAUACAGGC